UAGAUUAAGAAACAAAAUGAAUGUAAUUUUUCAUUAAUCAAAUAUUUAUGUAAAGUCCCCAUUAUAUAUAUUUUUAAUAUUUUUAAUGAUUUACAUUUUAAUUAAAUAAAACCAUACUGAUCAAGAAUCAUUUUUUGACAUAAUUAUAAAGCAAUAUUACGUUUAAAGAAGUAAUUAACUAUGGCGAGUGGAGAUCAUGCUCCUUUAAGCAUUGCCUGUGCUCGCGCUCUAAUUGAUAAAACAUAUGACAAAAGAAAGCAAGCCGCAUCAGAAAUAGAAAAAAUGGUUAAAGAAUUUCAUGCCAGCAAUAACAGUGCACAAAUUAGAAAAUUAUUAAAGGUAUUAGAAGAUUUUGCUAGUACUCCAAAUGCACAUGCUAAAAAAGGAGCAUUGAUUGGCCUUGCUGCAGCAGCUGUGUCGCUAAAUAAUGAUUCCGCCUUAUAUAUAGAUAAACUUAUUGAUCCUAUUCUUAGUUGUUUUAAAGAUCAAGAUCAAAAGGUCCGCUACUAUGCUUGCGAGUCUUUAUAUAAUGUAGUUAAGUCCGCGAGAUGUGCUAUCCUUCCUCAGUUCAAUAAAAUUUUCAGCUCAAUGAGUAAACUAGUGACAGACCCUGAUUUUCAAGUUAAAAAUGCAAGUGAACUAUUAGAUCGUUUAUUAAAGGAUAUAGUGACUGAAGGCAUGCCAUUUGACUUAGUUUCAUUUAUGCCACUAAUCAGGGAACAUAUGUAUGGAACAAGCAGUCAUGAACAUGCUUUCAUAAUAUCAUGGAUAUCAGUUCUUGAUGCUGUGCCUGAUAUUGAUUUAGUAAUGUACUUACCAGAUAUAUUGGAUGGUUUAUUUGCAAUGCUACAAGAUAAUAAACCAGAAAUUAGAAAGAUGUGCGAAACAGUAUUGGACCAAUUUCUUCGAAGUAUUAAAAAAAAUCCAAAUAGAGUUAAUUUCACCGAAUUUGCAAAUAUUGUGAUUAUGCAAGCUGAAUGCUCAAUGAAUGGUCCUAUUCAACAACAGCAGCUUAUAACUCAGUUUAUAGCUAUAACAUGGAUUAAAGAAUUUGUUCAACUGUCUGGUCGAUGUAUGCUACCAUUUCUGUCAGGAAUCAUAGGUGUAAUAUUACCGUGCUUAGCAUAUGAAUCAGAUUCCAGGAGAAAUAUAAAGGAGACAGCAACUGCAUUGAAUUUAAGUCUUCUAAAAUUAGUUGCCAUUGAAGCUGGUGAUAAUUGUAGUCGAGAAGGAAAAUCGGAAACCGAUAUUAAUAUGGCAUCUGUGAUUGAAGUAUUAUUAAAUAAUCUGAUAAAUGAAUCUGUGCAAACUAAAGUAGCUGUUCUUGAGUGGAUUCAUCAUCUGUAUACACAAAUGCCAUUGCGGAUGGAAACUUAUACCAGUACAUCCAUAUUUCCAGCAUUACUUAAAGUACUCUCAGACAAGUCAGAUGAGGUUGUUGUUCCAUGCCUUCUUGUCUUAGCUGAAGGAGUUGCUAAGAAGCCUGUCAAUCAAAAAGUUCUCUCUGUUGUAACACACGAGGAGCGAGACUUGCAUUAUGAACACUUUUUGAAGUGUUUGCUAGAUUUAUUUAGGUCUGACAAGCAGCUUCUAGAUGAGCGUGGUUCUUUUAUUCUAAGACAUUUAUGUGUACUUCUGAACGCGGAAGAUAUUUAUAGAACUUUAGCUAAUAUUCUUCUACAUGAAACAAAUUUGAAAUUCACUUCCACAAUGGUUGAAAUACUGAAUAUGCUACUGUUGACUGCGAGUGAAUUAUAUACACUUCGAAAUAUUUUGAAAAAUUUGAAAUCAAAGGAAAGCAUUUCAUUGUUUGUAUGUCUUUAUAAGUGUUGGGCCCACAGUCCCGUAUCUACUAUUGCCCUAUGCUUAUUGUCUCAGAACUAUCAACAUGUCAGCGUCCUGGUUAAAUUAUUCGGUAAUUUGGAGUUAACAGUUGAUUUAUUGAUAGAAAUGGAUAAACUGAUACAACUUAUAGAAUCGCCAAUAUUUGCAUUUUUGCGACUUGAAUUGUUGAGUAGUUCGCGUGGAGCACCACUAUUAUCCGCAUUAUAUGGAAUUUUAAUGCUUCUGCCACAGACAAAAUCGUUUCAUAUCCUGAAAGCACGAUUAGAUUGUGUACCGGCUUUAAACAUAUGUUGCCUGCCCAAUAAAGAUAAAAGAAUUGAAGAAGAUUCUCUUGACUCAAAAGUAGAUUUUAAAAACCUACUAGAACAUUUCAAUAAAGUACAAAAUAAUCAGACAGCCUUCAAAGCUCAACAAAGAGCACAUAUUCUAUCAACAUUGCAGCGAGAUAUGAACUUAGUUCAAAACGGAUCUUAA